UAGCGAAGGAAGAACCGCAUGUGAUUCUCACAACGUUUCUCUCUGCGAAUUUCAGGGAUCAAUAUAUAUUCAGAAAGAGAGAAAGAAGAAGAAAAACAUAAAAAGAGGAGUUUUUUUUUUCAAAAAAAAAAAGGCUUCUUUUUUGGUUGUUGUAGUUGCUGAUCUUUGUUUCUUGGAGUGAGAAAUGGCAAAGAAUGUGGGAAUCCUUGCUAUGGAAAUCUACUUCCCUCCUACCUGUGUUCAACAGGAAGCAUUGGAGGCUCAUGACGGUGCUAGCAAAGGGAAAUACACCAUUGGACUUGGGCAAGAUUGCAUGGCCUUCUGUACAGAGGUGGAAGAUGUCAUCUCAAUGAGUUUGACAGCGGUUACUUCACUCCUUGGAAAGUAUAAGAUUGACCCUAAGCAAAUUGGCCGUCUUGAAGUUGGCAGUGAAACUGUUAUAGACAAGAGCAAGUCCAUUAAGACCUUCCUAAUGCAGAUCUUUGAGAAAUGUGGAAACACUGAUAUUGAAGGGGUCGACUCAACCAAUGCAUGUUACGGAGGGACUGCAGCUCUAUUCAACUGUGUCAAUUGGGUGGAAAGUAGUUCAUGGGAUGGACGAUAUGGUCUUGCUGUUUGUACUGACAGUGCGGUCUAUGCAGAAGGACCUGCCCGGCCUACAGGAGGAGCAGCUGCAAUUGCUAUGUUAGUAGGGCCUGAUGCUCCUAUUGCUUUUGAAAGCAAAUUUAGGGGGAGUCAUAUGUCCCAUGCCUAUGACUUUUACAAGCCCAACCUUGCUAGUGAAUAUCCGGUUGUUGAUGGAAAACUAUCUCAAACGUGCUAUCUCAUGGCUCUUGACACAUGCUAUAAAUAUUUCUGUCACAAGUAUGAGAAACUAGAGGGCAAACAAUUUUCCCUUUCUGAUGCUGACUACGUUGUAUUCCACUCUCCAUAUAACAAGCUUGUGCAGAAAAGCUUUGCCCGUUUGUUGUUUAAUGACUUCUUGAGGAAUGCCAGUUCUGUUGAUGACAUUGUUAAAGAAAAGCUAGGUCCAUUUUCAACUUUAUCUGGUGAUGAAAGCUACCAAAGCAGGGAUCUUGAGAAGGUAUCCCAACAAGUUUCGAAACCCCUUUAUGAAGCUAAGGUGCAGCCAACCACCCUGAUACCAAAGCAAGUUGGCAACAUGUAUACUGCAUCUCUUUAUGCUGCGUUUGCAUCACUUAUUCACAACAAACAUACUGAACUGGCAGGAAAGCGGGUAAUAUUAUUCUCCUAUGGAAGUGGUCUGACUGCCACAAUGUUUUCAUUGCGACUCCACGAAGGUCAACAUCCUUUUAGCCUAUCAAACAUUGCAACAGUGAUGAAUAUUGCUGGGAAAUUGAAGUCAAGACAUGAGUUUCCCCCUGAGAAGUUCGUUGAGACAAUGAAGCUCAUGGAGCAUAGGUAUGGAGCCAAGGACUUUGUGACAAGCAAGGACUGUAGCCUUUUGUCUUCCGGGACAUAUUACCUCACUGAAGUUGAUUCCAUGUACCGGAGAUUCUAUGCAAAGAAAGAUGGGGAGUGUACUGCCUGUGAGAAUGGUUCUCUUGCCAAUGGUCACUGAAGAACUGAUUUAUCAUCCACAAUGCCAGGAAGGCGGCUUGUCUUUGAUGUGUUGAUGUGUUGUUAGCACCCAGAACUGGGUUACAUCUGUAUGUUAAAGCAAAAUAGUUCAUUCAGCAGCCAAUACUUUUUUCAGCUCAUUUUCUUUUCCUCCCUUCUUUGUAAUAAGUUCUUUCUAGAGCCAAUUUACUUGUGUUAAAACAGAGUAGUUGGCAAUUUCUUGAUGAUUAUUAAAGAUAUAUUUUUUUCUCCGAAGUCCAUUCCUGCUGCAUGCUGAUGCUGCCAUCCAUCUUUGUAGAUUUCAUUCCAAGGUUGUUGAUGCAUUGAAAUACAAUUAAAGGGUUAUCCUGGGUAAUAAGCCAGAAUAACCCAUCCCUUCCAACCUUAGUCCUUAUCCUUCUAUAAUUGCCUUUGCCUCAUUUUUUUCGCCAAUAUCAAAGUAAAAUAAAAUGCAAAUGGGGGAAAAAAAAGCACUCCACAACUCCAUUACAAUGUAAGUGGAAGUCUGGAAUAUUUUCUUUUCAUUGGGUUUAGUCACAUUGAGGUUCUUUGGGUUACAUUAAUUGAAAAAGAAUAUCAAAAUUUGAGUCGUUUUUUUUUUUUGUUCCACAGUUUCAGAUUUGAGCUUAUUGAAUGCCCGGCUUAAAAUGUAGUACCUUGCAAAAUUUUACCCCAAGAAAAUGUGUUGAAUGAGUUAAGCGCAUUAGUUUGAGAAUGGCCAGCGUGGGGAUCUUAAUCUUUCUAGUAGUGCAUGGACCACCUCAGAUUGGUGGCGUCAACCAAUGAAUCAAUCUAUUAGUCCACAAAGACAAAGCCUUUUCACAUCUUUCGGUCACCACUGUGCAAUUCUAUUGGUCGAGAGUAGAGUCCACCUGUCCCCUUACUGAGGUCCACCUGAUCGAGACAGCUGAUGAUCACCAUGGUCACGGAGGGGACCCAACACGUGUCACUUUUUCACUCCCACUCAACCCGCAUGAUUGCAAUCACCAUCGUUGGUUUCUCCUCCCCGAAACCCAGAAACCAGAAUGAGAAAACAAAACCGAGUGCAUCAAAUGGUUUUCUUUUGUUAUUAAUUUACCCCUACACUUUCGAUUCAUUUUCGUUUUAAUCUCUUUUUUCCCAUGUUUAUCCCUUUAUAAUCCUCUGGGUUCUGACCUAUUUUCCAUUUCCCAAUAGAAACAAAAAAAAAAAAAAAACAAAUUUUCCCUUGGUUCCCUGGCAAAAAAA